UUUGCGAAGCAUUUGGGAGGGUUUGGGUGUCGGCGGUAACGGCUAUUUAAAUAUCGAUGAUUUGUAUAGAGUGUGUGAACACAUAGGUAUGAUUGGCAUCAAUAAUGACAUAAUUGAACAGUUGUUUGACAAAUUGGACUCCGAUGGGGACGGGAGGGUCAGCUUUGAUGAGUUUCUCGAUGGACUGUUUCGACACGACAACAACACUAUCUGUGAUAAUGACAAUUAUGACGACCAACAGCAACAUCAGCACAGUGUCAAUGGUGUCGAUGAAGUUAGUUUAGCACAACAAUUACCGGACCAAUCGACUACUCAUAUUACCGGUAGUGACGAUACUGUUAAUCAAAUCUCUAGUCGACCGCAAUGUCAUCAUUUAAACGACUUGGAGGUCAACAGUCACGAGACAAACAAUAAUUUGUUAGCCGACAGUAAGUCGACUUUCUAUGAAAAUGUUUCGUCAUCAUACCUGUCCACUCUUGAUCCAGACAAGACUGGAUACACCGAAGCCGACAAUGUCCUCAAACUGUGGGAAUCAUUGGGAUUCACUAAUUCAGAGCAAAUACUGAUUAAUCUGGGAUUCAAUUGCAAACUCAAAGUUAAUGUUCAGGAGUUGUCUGCAGUCUUAGAGGAGAAACUUUGUUCGCCAAACACUACAACAAAUCCGGAAGAGUUUCAGAUAGCUUUGGCUACUUUCCAAAAUGAAUUGACUCAAACAAAGAUUAAUUAUGAGCACAUCAGAGAUGAACGAAACAGACUCCGUAUCAAUAUAUAUGAGGCCAACAGCAGAGCCGACUUAUUAGCUCAAGAAGUGGACGACCAAAAUGCCAAACUUGAGGCCUCAUCUCAUAAUAAACUGAUACUUUUGGAGAAGAAAUACAACGAACAGAUACGUUGUCUUCAGGAAGAGCUUCAAAAGGAAAGGGAGACUUUGGAUAAGCAGUCCUUUCACUUGAGAGAAGACAUUAGCAAAGAGUUGACGGCAGCACAGGAACAGACCGUACGAUUGAAAGACAAGAUUGCAGUCUUGAAACAGGAGAACAAACGUCUGGAAAGUGAUGUUCAAUCAGUGAAUACCAAAUACAAUGAAUUGCAAAAAUGUUUCAUCGAUUCACAGAAAAGACUUGAAGAGACCGAAGUAUUGCAGAAAAAAAUCACAGAAUUAGAGUCAAUGCAAGGAUUAGUACGCGAAGAACACAACGAAGAAAUCGAUUCACUUAAAGCACAAAAUAAGGAAAUACAGGACCAAAACGAUGAAUUGAUUUUACAGAUGGAAACUCUUAAGCAACAAAUACAACAAAUAUCAGUCCAUCGCCACCGCAACAGUAGAUCCAAGGUUUGCAAGAGAAGCACAAACCGUAGAAAGAGUCACUCGUGGCUAUCGGAUUGUAUGGCAUCUGUCAGUGGCAGUGGUAAUGAGGAACUGGAGAUCAACACAAACAGCAAUUCAGUGGCUUUUAACUUAAAACGAAGAGGAAAUGAUUGUUCAUCUUCUGAUGACACAGAGGAUGAUGACUGUCCCUCAAUUGGAAAGACUAAGAGAAUGGUGUUAUCAGCAAAAACUGACUCAGAUUUAGAUAAUAGUUUAGAUGAAGAAUAUGGAGAGACAAUGAGUCAAAAUAAUGAUAUUAAUGUCACCAAAGAUGCUCUUCAUAAGGAAAUCGAUGAACUGAAACAGCAAUUAAAUACACAAAUUAGUCGCACGGAUCAGAUGAUCGUUGAUCACAACAAGACUAUCGUCCAAAUGCAACAAUACUAUGAAAACUCAUUGCAUAACAAAGAAGUUAAUCUUAAGGAACAAUUGGAUAUUAACUCUAAUUUAAAGGUCACACUCAAGGAGCUGAAGGAAAGACAUAUGAAUGAAAUCCAAGGUUUAAAGCAAUGUCUUCACAAACAGUUGACUCAAAUACUACAACAUUUUGCCAAUUCUUCAUAUUCUUUAAAUGAAUUUCGCGAUGAAAGUGAUAGCAAAUCAUACAAACAAAUCCGAAAUUCAUUUGCGACAACCAUUUUCAAACAACUCAUCGAUUUAGUCCUUCAAAAUAAUAAUGAUUUGGAUCUCAAGAAUCUCAAGAAAAGCAGUGAAACUCAAAUAAAACAACUAAACGACCAAUUAAUCGAUGCCUUCAAUAAAACUAAGGAGGGAUUAGAAGUCACGCAUCGAAAGACUUAUAAAGGAUUCACUCGAAGUCACAGAGAAAGAGAUGAGAAUCGCUCUGUCGUUCAUAAGGAUGUGCAUUCAAGACACGGAUCCGCUGUUGAUAGGAAAUCGAUAACUAAUUUAAGUGACUCUCAAAGCGAUAUAUUAAUAGCGAUGAAUGAGAUUCGGUCGCAAAACUCUCAUCUGAAGAAAGAGAUCCAAAUAAGUGAUGAACAGAAAAGAAAGAUUGAAAAAGAAAACUCAAGAUUACAUUACAAAUGCAAAGUCUUAAGCAAAUUGUUGUCAGAGAUAAGUAAUGGACAGUAAUAU